AAAGCAAAGUAGGGUUGGAGGAGGGCGUCUUUGAAGUGGCAAAGUCUUUUGUGACAAUUAGCCGUUGCGUUGUUACCUUGUGUGUCCCUUCUCUUCUAACGUUCAUAUUAUUUAAAUCAUUCAGCAAUUUGAGUUGUUGAUUUCCUCAACGGCUAGCACAACCUUUUAAGUCACACUUUUUCUCAUUCUCAUUCACCAUUCUUCUUCUUCUCCACCUUUUGCAAAGAAGGAAGAUUAAGAUUAAAGAUCACUUCCUUCUUCACAUUCUCUCUGAAAAUCAAAUUUUUUUAAUCAUACCACAUGGCCACCACUAAUACCAUUAAUGGGAACACUACUGAAACUGCUCAACCCAAUAUCAUUGCUUCCACAAAGCAGCCUCUCCCUCCUGCCAAGACUGUUGAUUCUCAAUCUGUUCUCAGAAGGUUGCAAUCUGAAUUGAUGGCUUUGAUGAUGAGUGGAGAUUCUGGAAUAUCUGCAUUUCCUGAGGAGGACAACAUAUUCUUCUGGAAAGGAACAAUAACAGGAAGCAAAGAUACAGUGUUUGAAGGCACAGAGUAUAAGCUGUCCCUCUCAUUUCCCAAUGAUUACCCUUUUAAGUCUCCAAAAGUCAAGUUUGAAACAACAUGCUUCCACCCCAAUGUGGAUGUGCAUGGCAAUAUAUGCUUGGACAUACUCCAGGAUAAAUGGUCAUCUGCUUAUGAUGUCAGAACAAUUCUUCUAUCUAUCCAAAGUCUGCUUGGAGAGCCAAACAUUAGUUCACCACUAAAUCCACAAGCAGCACAGCUUUGGAGCAAUCAAGAAGAGUACAGGAAGAUGGUGGAGAAGUUGUACAAAUCUGCAAAUUGAUGAAUGUUGAGAGAGAUAAGGUCCAUUCCUGUCUGCUUCGGAGAAGAGAAAGGAUUGAAGCCAUACUUAUUUUUAGGUGUCCUUUUAUGAUGGGCCUGCUUUAUUUUUUCUUACAAUUACGAACCAUUGUUUAUCUUCUUUACAAAUCAAAGUGAAAGUUGAAGGA